UCAAUAUUUACAAUUUUCGUUUCUAUGGCAACCGUUUGUGUACAUCGUUCGCACCACCCCAAACGGGAAAAUGUUUUCGGCCAACGUUAUCAAAGACGGCGAUUUUACCAAGACUGUGUACACCCUGAUCAAAGACAACCGCUUCGCCGACGCUAUCAAAAUCCUGCACGGCAUUCCCGAGUCCAGUUCGACCAGGGCCGGACUUUCAUUGUUGGCGUAUUGUUACUUUUACAUUCAAGACUUUAAUAAUGCGGCCGGUUAUUAUGAACAAUUGACGCAAAUGUACCCUGAUAAUAAUGAUUAUAAAUUAUAUUAUGCGCAGGCUUUGUAUCAGGCCUGUCUCUAUGAUGAGUCUUUUCAAGUGACUAAAAAGGUCGUUGAUGAUCCGGAAUACAAAGGACAAGUGGUUAAGCUCCAAGCUGCUAUAAAAUACAGCCAGGAGGACGUUCUUUCGGCCAAGAGUUUGAUUAAUACUUGUCCUAGUGACGACCCGGAUAAAGAAGUUAAUUUAGGGUGUCUACUAUACAAAGAUGAAAACUAUGAACAGGCUCUCGCCAAGUUCACCACAGCUCUCCAGAACCAAGGCUUCAAGCCAUACUUGGGUUACAAUAUUGCUUUGUGCUACUACCGACUCAAGGAGUACGGGCCUGCACUCAAAUACUGCGCUGAUAUCAUCGAACGCGGUAUACGGGACCACCCCGAACUCAGCAUCGGUAUGCAAACUGAAGGCAUAGAGGUCCGCUCAGUCGGCAACACCCUCACCCUUCACGAAACAGCCCUAACCGAAGCCUUCAAUCUGAAAGCCGCGAUCGAGUACCAACUCAAAAACAUGGAGGCAGCUCGCGAAGCCCUCACCGACAUGCCCCCACGGGCAGAGUACGAACUCGACGCCGUCACCCUUCACAAUCAAGCUCUGAUGAAUUUCGAACAAAACCCGACUGAAGGGUUCGAGAAAUUGCAAUUUCUAUUGCAGCAGAAUCCAUUUCCACCUGAAACCUUUGCGAAUCUUUUGCUUUUGUACUGUCAACACGAAUGUUACGACCUGGCAGCUGAUAUUUUGGCCGAAAAUGCACACUUGACUUAUAAGUAUCUAACGACUUAUUUGUAUGACUUUUUGGACGCUAUUAUCACUCAGCAGACAUCGCCGAGUGAAGCCUAUCAGAAACUAGAUGAACUGGCGAGUCGCCAUACCGAGCUUUUGCGGAAAUUGACGAAGCAAGUGCAGGAACACCGCAACCGGAAUGAUACAGAGAUGGUUAAGAAAACGGUGAUGGAGUACGAAGAGGUUUUGGAUAGGUAUAUUCCGGUGUUGAUGGCGCAAGCGAAGAUCUACUGGGACUUGGAGAACUAUCAACAAGUGGAGAAAAUUUUUCGCAAGAGUGUGGAGUUUUGUAAUGAUAAUGACACGUGGAGGUUGAACGUGGCUCACGUGCUUUUCAUGCAAGAGAAUAAGUUUAAGGAAGCUACGGGUUUUUACGAGCCUUUGGUUAAGAAGAGCUACUCUGAGAUUUUGAAUGUUAAUCCCAUAGUUCUUGCUAAUUUGUGCGUGUCGUACAUUAUGACGUCGCAGAACGAGGAAGCUGAAGAGCUCAUGCGAAAGAUCGAGAAGGAAGAAGACCAGAUGGCGUUUGAGGAACCAGAGAAGAAGUAUUUUCAUCACUGUAUCGUCAAUUUAGUUAUAGGUACUCUGUAUUGUUCUAAAGGUAACUACGAAUUUGGGAUUUCACGAGUGAUGAAGUCGUUAGAACCUUAUAGAAAACUAGGUACUGACACUUGGUUCUAUACCAAGCGGUGUUUCUUAAGUCUUAUCGAGAACGUUGCUAAGCACAUGAUCGUCCUACGCGACUCUGUAAUCCAAGAGUGUAUUUCUUUUUUGGAGAACUGUGAACUGCAUGGUAAAACUAUCAGAACUACGGCUUAUUCAACUCUGUCUGACGACAACGAUGCGCCUAACGGCAAAGAAACCGUCACCUACGAAGCACGAAAGAUUAAAUGUCUACUUCUAAAACUGCAAAACUACUAACGACACCUAUGAGUAUUUAUUAGUUAGUCAAAAAUAAAAUCGUUUUUUCAGUUGACCAGAGAAAUUAAAAAUCGAAAGACAAAUCAAAAAAUUGUAAAUUUAAAAAGCGAGAAAUUGAAGAAUUCGAAAGUUGAAAAAUCGAAAAACUGAAGAAUCUAGUAGUACGCACUACGAUAAGACUGAUUUUGGCAAAUGAUCUACUUUCUUAAUAAAACAAAGGGCGGGUGGGUAUUUCUAUUUCAUAAUACAUAUUUCUUUUUUUUUGAUUUUUCACUUUUUCGAUUCUUAAGAUUUUUCAAGUUUUCAUUUUGUAAUUUUUCGUUUUUAUUUUCGCUUUUUCAAUUUUACAAUUUCUCGACUUCCAAAAUUUUCAAUUUUUCGGUUUGCAUCAGUUUUUCAAUUUGGCAAUUUUUCAAUUUUCAUUUUUCGAUUUUUCAGUUUCUCAAUUUUUUGUUUCCGAUUUUUAUUUUUCAUUUUCCCGAUUUUCAAUUUUCACUUUUUCGAUUUUAUAUCAUCACAAUUUUUCGUUUUUUCAUUUCUUUUAUUUUUUGUUGUUUCUU